CAUUAAAGAGCUGUGAUAGGAUUUCUAAGGGUAAAAGCGAUCAUGAGGGUCUGCUUGGUACUUUUUAGUGUUUUGGUCUCAGCGUAUUGCCAUAAGGUCUUUACUAAGGACCAGGUUCUUCGAGUUAAUGCAAAAUCUGAGGAACAAAUCCAGCUCUUAAAGGAAUUGGAGAACAAUGAAGUGUUAAAGCUGGACUUCUGGACUCAUCCUGUCUCCAGCGACCUUCCCGUUGACAUCCAUGUGCCGUAUCCCAGCCUGUAUGCCGUCCAGAAAUUCCUUCAGGACAACGAAAUCCCAUUCCAUGUUAUGAUCAAUGAUUUGCAGGAACUGCUGGAUAACGAGCAGGAAGAUUUGCAACGCAAUGCCGCGAAGGGUGGUGAUGUAAAGGAAUUCAACUAUGCAACGUACCACCAGCUGGACACAAUCUACACUUGGAUGGACAGCCUGGUAGCCAAUCAUCCCAAUUUGAUUUCCAAAGUGCAAAUUGGAAGUUCUUAUGAGAACCGUCCCAUGUAUGUGCUGAAGUUUAGUACUGGUGGAAGCCACCGGCCUGCAAUCUGGAUUGAUGCUGGGAUACACUCUAGAGAGUGGAUCUCAACCGCCUCUGCUGUGUGGAUGGCUAACAAGAUGGCUACAGAUUUUGGUGUCGAUCCCUCAGUGACUUCUCUUUUGGGACAAAUGGAUGUCUAUCUGAUGAUCGUGACCAACCCUGAUGGCUAUGCCUACACCCAUACUAAUAACCGCAUGUGGCGCAAGACCCGUUCCGUCAACCCAGGUUCUACGUGCCGAGGCGUCGACCCCAACAGAAACUGGGAUGCUGGAUUCGGAGGCCCUGGUACCAGUAAGAACCCGUGCUCUGAAUCCUACCAUGGACCAUCCGCACACUCUGCGAUCGAAGUGAAGAAUAUCGUGAACCUCAUCGAAAACCAUGGCAACUUUAAGUCCUUCAUCUCCAUCCAUGCCUAUUCACAGCUUCUCAUGUACCCAUAUGGAUACACCUGCAACAACAUUCCUGACCAGGCUGAACUCCAUUCUGUGGGUCAAGGUGCAGUGCAGGCACUCAGCUCUUUGUAUGGAACAACCUACAAAGUUGGAAGCAUUUGCAAAAUCAUUUAUCAAGCCAGUGGUGGAAGCAUCGACUGGAGUUACAACAAGGGUGUCAAAUACUCCUUUGCCUUUGAGCUCCGAGACACUGGUCGCUAUGGCUUCCUCCUUCCAGCCAAUCAGAUCAUUCCAACUGCAACAGAGACCUGGCUGGGUCUUAAGUACAUCUUGGAAUAUGUUCGUGACCAUCCUUAUUAGAACAAUUGUUUAUGUGAAAAUAAAGUUUAUUUGUUCUAAAAGCAAAAUAGGAUGUGAUUAAAUAAAUACAGGCUUGAAAGAAA